AUGCAGGAGGCAGGAUACAGCACCAUCAACGCCAGUGGACUAUACCUCUGCCCCGGCCUGAUUGACUGCCACACGCACAUCACAGCCACCCCAGGGCAGACGGCAUCGUCACUGACCGGCACGAGCGAGACGGACACGGCGCUCAAGACGGGCUACGUGCUCCGCGGGAUGCUUUCGCGUGGCUUCACCACCGUACGUGAUGUGGGCGGGGCCAACCGGCACUUUAAGAAUGCGACGGCGGACUGGCUUAUUCCUGGCCCACGUAUCCUGCAGGGUGGGCCCAUCAUGUCCCAAACCGGCGGGCACGGCGACAUGGCGUCGCAGGACAGCCAAAUCGGGUGCUGCCAGAUCACGCCGUGGGGCCAUGGGCCGCAGCUCAGUGCUGUCGCCGACGGCGUGGAUGCGUGUCUCAAAACGGCACGCAAGAUCAUGCAGAUGGGCGCGGACCACAUAAAAAUAUGCGCGUCCGGCGGUGUGGCUUCGCCAACCGACAGACUGGAAAGUGCACAGUUCACGGUGCCCGAGAUCCGGGCGAUCUGCGACACGGUGCGCAUGAUGGGAGGCCGGCUCGUGACAGCGCACUGCUUCACCACCGAGGGUGCGCGGAACGCGAUUGAGGGCGGCAUCGGCGGCAUCGAGCACGGCAACCUCAUCGACGAAGACACGCUCAAGCUCAUGGCCAAAAAGGGCGUGCAUCUCACGCCUACGCUGAUUGUGUGCGACCUCCUCUCCCGACCGCCGUACGACGCCAUUAUCCCGCCCGCGUCGCGCGAGAAGCUCACACACGUGCAGGAGAUGGGCUUUGUCACGCUCAAGAAGGCGCACGAGCUCGGGGUCAACAUCGCCUACGGCACCGACGCGUUCUCUUCCAUGCAGCCACUCCAGUUGUCCGAGUUUGAGCUCCGCAAGCGUGUCCUCCCUUCGCCAGUCGUUCUGAGGCAAGCGACGUUCAACGGCGCCAAAGUGCUCGGCUUGGAAGGUAAGGUCGGCGUUGUGGCUAAGGGCGCGUUUGCGGAUUUCCUCCUCCUCUCGGCCAACCCACUCGAGGACGUGGCAAUCCUCAACCACCCUCACAAAUAUCUCCAGGCUGUGGUGAAAGAUGGUCGGUGUGUCAGCUCCCAAAUCAAGGACCUGCGGGUCGAGAUACCGUUGAUGUAG